UACAGCCUCAAAUAAUACAACUUAAAAAUGAAACCACAUUUGAGAAUGGGAAAGCCACCCUCAUCUGUGAAGCAGAAGGAGAACCUAUCCCAGAGAUUACUUGGAAAAGGGCCAUUGAUGGAAUAACUUUUUCUCAAGGUGACAAGAGCCCAGAUGGCCGUAUAGAAGUCAAAGGGCAGCAUGGAAAAUCGUCACUGCAUAUUAAAGAUGUGAAGUUGUCAGAUUCAGGGAGAUAUGACUGUGAAGCUGCAAGUAGAAUUGGUGGUCACCAAAAGAGCAUGUACCUUGAUAUUGAAUAUGCUCCAACAUUUGUGUCGAAUCAAACCAUGUAUUACUCUUGGGAAGGCAAUCCCAUCAAUAUAAGCUGUGAAGUGCUAGCAAAUCCUUCUGCCUCAGUUCAGUGGAGAAGAGGAAAAUUAAUUUUACCAGUAAAAAAUACAACACAUCUGAAGACCUAUAGUGCAGGAAGAAAGCUGAUUCUAGAGAUUGCUCCCACAUCAGACAGUGAUUUUGGACGGUAUAAUUGUACAGCCACAAACAGAAUAGGAACAAGAUAUCAGGAGUAUACACUUGGUCAAGCUG